AAAAUUAUAAAAAAGAACGGAGGAAGUACUCGUUAUAGAUUAGGUAUUGAUAUCUAAACCCAAAUUGAUUAAAAUGAUAAGGAUUUGGAACUACGUUAUUAUUCAUAUACUCCGUAACUUCUUAAAUCCCAACUCCCAAGCCCUCCCCAUUUGGCUGCAAGGAUCUUCAGGCUCCCUAGGGUUUUGCUUCCAACUACAUCAAUUUCUCAGAUUAUCAUGAACAUGGAGAAGAAGACUCGUUCUGAUACAAAUUUAGAUAGAAUAUCUGAUUUACCAGAAGCAAUUAGAAAACAUAUACUUUCUUUUUUACCAACUAGGGAUGCAGUUCGAGCUAGCAUUCUAUCGAGCAGUUGGCGGGCAUUAUGGAUUGAGCUCCCUAAUUUGGAUUUUGGUCGAUUUGAACUUAGGGGAUUUUUACCAGUGGGAUAUUUUCCUAUUAGUAUUAAUGAUGAUGAUGCUGCUAGAGAGAGGAGGGAUUCUAUUGUUAAGAAAAGCGAAGAGUUAUAUGAAUUUCUUGAUCGAACUCUUGGAUUGAUUUCAAAGUUGGAAAAGCUUAGUCUCUAUCUGCCUCAUUAUGGGGUGGAGUUGAAAUCUCGAUUCGAUCAUUGGCUUGACUGUGUUGUUAGUUGCGAUGUCAAAGAAUUGAAUUUAGAGAUUGGUGGGAAUCAUGAUAUUCGAUACAGUUUGCCUAAGAGUGUACUUGGUGUCAAUUCGAUCACGAAACUGAAACUGAAAGGAUGUGAGUUGAGUUCGGCUUCUUUGGUGAAUACCAAAUUGCCUUCCUUGCAGAAUCUGAGCCUUCAAUAUGUUUACUUAGAUGAGGGAGCUAUGGAUAGCUUAGCAGCUACUUUUCCUAAUCUGGAGGUUUUCACCUUCAAAUAUUGCUAUGGGUUAACAAGACUUGAGGUCUCUGGUCUAACUAAACUUGUGAAGGUUGAUGUUGAGCAUAAUGCUGAACACUAUGAAGCGGUUGAGAUUGAUGCACCCAAUCUUUUGGAGUUCACUUAUAUGCAUGAAGGUGAAUGGUUGGAUAGUUUCUCUCAUCCCUGUGAAAUUGAGGUUGCAACAUGUAAAAGUAUGAAACGUCUGAAAUUAGUUGGCGUUCUGUUUGAUGAUUUUGAUUUGAAUAUGCUUCUUGAAGGUCUUCCAGUCCUUGAACAACUGUUCUUAUAUGAAUGCGAUAAUUUACGAGAUGUUUGUAUUUCAAGCCCACACCUGGUCGAGUUGGAGUUUGAACGCUGCAGAUAUCUGUUAACGGCUGCAAUACAUUCACCCAACUUAAAAAUAUUUCAUUAUGCAGAUGAUGAUCCUAUAUCUUUUAAAUCCAAGUGUCCUGCUCUCAAGUUGACAGAGGCUAGCAUUUACCUUAAGCCCGACAUGAAGGGUGACAAGUGGUAUGUUGGAUUAGUUAAGUUUCUUUCAAAGCUAUGCCACUCUGAACGCUUGACAAUUUGUGUUGGUUCAGAAGAGGAUCUUAUAGUGCCAGAAAAAGUGAGGACAAAGUCCCGGCCUCCCCUCCGUGGCGUCAAGCAUUUGAUGGUGGAGCUUCGCGCAUCAUUUAUGAAGCACACUCCUAUCAAAUUUAUCGACGCUCUUCUGUGGCUUGCACCUUGUCCAGAAUCUUUAUCUAUAUAUAAUGGCUUUAUACCAGUUUGCAAAUCACUCAAGUUCAUGUAUGAGAAACCAUUGAAAGGGCAGAAAAAAUGUGGUUGCUGGAAGUCUCCCCUCAUCAUUUGUUGGCGGCACUCCCUUGAGAAAGUAUUGCUUGAGAACAAAAAAGGAGAUGAAGAUGAUACGAGACUAGCUAAUUUCUUUUCUAAGGGAAGGCUUGAUGGGAAGAUGGUGUGUUUUGUCAAAAACACAAGGCCUAAAAAGAAGUAGAUCAAGUUGAUUAUGUUGUUUUGGUGGCUCCUUUUUGUUCGUGGAUGUUUCCUUAUUACUUGGAUGGAAAACUUCCUUGAUAUUUGCAAAUCUUAACCUGUAAUUUGAUCAGUAGCUUGCAGGUUGCUCGUACGAUUGUUCUGAUAGUCAAAAACCGGAUAGAGUACUAUUUAUGAGAUGACAAUGUUCUGAAUUUAGUGUAGGAACUAGGAAGAGUUUUUGUUUUUUAACAUUUGACAAUAUGACCUUAUUCCUCAAUGGAAAUUAUUCA